AUGGGCCCCUGUACCGCCUCCUCAUGCUGCUGCCAGGCCCGUAAUCUGCCAUGGGCCCCCGUACCGACUCCUCAUGCUGCUGCCAGGCCCGUAAUCUGUCAUGGGCCCCUGUACCGCCUCCUCAUGCUGCUGCCAGGUCCAGAGUGUGUCAUGGGUCCCUGUACGGCCUCCUAUUGCUGCUGUCUCCAUCGCCACACUCUGCCAUGUGCCACUUUCAGGUCUCCUCACACUGCUGGUGGUUUCCAUUUUUGUCAUAGGGUGCUGUAUGGCCUCCCAUUGCUGCUGCCUCCACCGCCACACUGUGGCUCCACACUCUGGUUUUGGCCCCGUGACUGCCCAAAUGAGUGAAGUGUGCGGUGAUUCUAAGAUCGACGGCACUCAUCUGCAUGUCAUACUGACUGUCAGUAUUAUUUCUCUUCCCGAGCAGACUCCAAGGGCAUUUAAAUUAAAGGUACAGUGUUCUGCACUAAUAUAA